GGAAAUGCUACAUGUUAUUCCGUCUCACUUGCCAACCUGUUUUGUUUUUGUUCAGGACUAUAGAGGAAGCGAAUUCUACAUUCAGUGUGGUCAGUGGCUUUCGAAUUACGUAUAAAACACCACGGCAAGGUAAAAAGUAUAGCGUCUGAACAGGAUAUUUACGGUUUGCUAGUGUAGCUAACGUUAGAUUAACGCUUCUCCAGUCAGUGCCCUGUCAAGCGGUGUUGAAAAUAUUCAAACAGAUCCAGGGCCAGCGUUACAGAACCAGGAUAUUGAACUUACCUUCACCAGCAGAGAAACCACUGAUGCUGGUGAAAAAGAGAGGCCAUACCUGUCUGAUAGCGUCCAGCAUGGUCUCACUAGUUGUGCUCAUGAUGUUGCUGUACGGCACCUUUAGCUCCCAGCAGCCAGGCAGCCACGGCCUCAGACAUGACUACCAGCUGCUGGGCAGACCCCUGUACAAGCUGGACCUCAGCUGGCCCAGGAACCCGGAGCUCUUCACCGGGGAAGCGUUUGGAGUGGCUGUCAACCAGUAUGCUGGUGUGGUGUAUGUAGCACAGAGAGGUGACAAUGUUCCAAAAGUGCUGGUGUUCACCACAGAUGGAGAUUUCCUCAUGUCCUGGAAUACAACCACCCUGGAGAUGCCUCAUGGAAUAUUUUUAGCAGAUGCUGCCUCGUCAAAUCCCACUGUGUGGAUCACAGAUGUGGGGAAUGGGCCAUAUGGCCACUGCAUCAAACAGUACUCUCCGUCUGGGAAGCUCCUGCAGGUGCUUGGUACACCAGGGAAGCCAGGCUCUGGGUUGAACCCUCUGCAAUUCGACCAGCCAGCUGAGAUCUUCAUCCACGAUUCUGGAGAGAUGUACAUCGUGGAUGGUGAUGGCGGGAUGAACAACCGUCUCAUCAAGCUGUCCAAAGAGCAGGAGGUGGUGUGGAUGCAUGGAGAGAAAGGACAAGGCUUGGCUCAGUUCUAUAUCCCCCACAGUGUGGCCGUGGACAACGCCCAGAGGGUGUGGGUGGCCGACAGGGGGAAUAAGAGGAUCCAAGUCUUUGAUUCAGUCACUGGAGACUGGCUGGGGACAUGGGGAAGCUGCUUCACUGAAGAUGCUCCUUACUCCGUCCGCCUGACCCCGGACAAGAAAUACUUUGUUGUUGUCCAGCUCAACACCAACCAGAUUUCUCUGCUGGAUGCUCCACCGGUGGGUUUGAUUGGCCAGUGCAGAGUGGUCAGUGUGAUCCAGUUGGCUGAAGAAGUGAAACCCCAUCUGGUAGACCUGGACCUGAAGACAGGGGCCCUGUAUGUGGCUGAGAUUGGAGCUCAGCAGGCCCAGAAGUUCACCCCCUUCAGUCUGGGUGGGAGUUUCCUGUAGAAACACACUGCACUUUAACUAAUCUGAAGACCUGAAAUGGCAUGAUAGAUCACAAGUUAACAUAAGGAAUUACCAAUUAUGAAAUGUGCCCACUGUUCACAUGUGUUACAUGCAUGUGUCAGGUGAUCGGCCUCAAAUUCAAGCAGUCAGGUUCUAGUUUAGGCAACACACAGGUACCGGUACUUAGUUAGAGGUUAAGGAAAGCUUGUGGGCUUGUUUUCAUACAAAAUGGUCAACGGCAGGAUGUGUUUUUUUUUUUUUCCUUUUUGAUUAAUUGAUCAAAACCUCCAUCUAUUCAAAGUAUUGUAGAAGCCUAAUCCCAGCCUGGCUUGAGCGGCACACCUUCAUUGCGUCCCUUAACUAAAACUAACAUAUAUAAUGGAAAUACACAAUCAGAGCAUUCUCUGUAUCACCAGGCUCUCAAUAUUAAAGGAUCGGGAUCAGGAAAUAUGAUCGGGACAUCCCAUACUUUUAACUGAGAUAUUUGAUGUCCAAAUGAGAAAUGGAUCUACAACAGUCACUUCGGACAGAUGCUCUGGCUUCUAGUGAACAAAGUUAAAGAUACAUUUGACUGGCAGCGUUAUUAUUUCAGUUUUCUAUAGAUAUUGUGGUAAUAUUGUUAUUUGGAAUUCUUCAGAAUUUUGCCUACAGUAAUUGUAUAGUGAAAACCUGUUAUUGUGACAGCCCUAAGCACUGGACAGAUCACCCAUUUCUGAGUUUGUUAAAACAUAAAAUAAUAUGCAGUGAAAGAAAAACCAGGUUUCUUCACAAUAGGUAAAGGUAUCAUGUUGUUGCCUGUUUGUCGUCAAUAUUUGCUAAGUUAAAAUGAACAAAUAGGUUCUAUUUUUUUCAUUGUUAUUUGCUGUCAUGUUAUGUGCCAUUUGUAUUUUUUUUGACGUUGCACUGCUUGUUUCCUUUCUAUACUGCAGACAUUUAUUUUAAAUGCUUUGUGGUUUUUACCCGUUCAGCCUUUAGCCAGUUUACGGCUUUCUUUAAAUACGAUUUAAUUACACAUGUAUGCAUGUGUGAAAGGCUGGAACCGAAACGUUUUGCACAGUAUUUGAUCUGAUGUGUUUAUAAAUAUCAGUGGGUCUGAAAACACUUGAUAAUGCACUGAAUAAAUACAGUGUGUGAAUGAUGAAUUCUUUCUGAAAAGUGAUUUGGCUAUUUGUACGUGUAAAGUUUCCUCUUGAGGCAAGCUUGAUAUUUCCUGUGUUACAGCAUCAUCUGUAUUUAAAUAUUAUUAUUGCUGAAAAUUGUCAUGUUCACAUGAAGCUCAGUUUACUGUUCUUGAGCAGC